CAGCACUGCGCCGUCGGACAUAACUGCAACGCGCCUCAAUUCAACAGGUUGCACUCUCGAGGCAGGAAACUCUGUUCGACACGCUCCUUGUCAGACGCUAUUCAGCUUGCCGGUGGGCGUGGUACCGACACUCACCCAAAGACCUUUUAGCAAAAUCGCACUGGUUUCUACGCACACUUGUCUCAGUGCGCGCACCAGAUCGUGAACGAUUCUGGUUUCGGUCCUAGACGAAUCAUUGCUCACCCGACGGCUCACCCUUCUGACGAACUUGACAUGGAUAACUUAGGAGAGUGCGACGACUACUUGGGUUGUUUCUGGGAAGCGGACAGCCAAAUGGAAUCGGUGAUGUGCGACUUCAACACGGACGGUACCGACUGGCCAUCCACUGGCGCUGAGUUCGACAUGAAGAUUCCGGGGGUGGUGCUGCACGAUCGGCUGAUGACGGAUGCCGCCCUGGGGGCAGUGCCCAUUAAGACGGAGCACUCGUACAGCUUGGCCUCGGAUGGCGACAGCAGGUCUGAGUCGCCGUCGAUGGAAACCAUGGAUGACGAUGACGAGCUCCUCUUCUCAAGCGCUACAAAAAGCCAGAAAAUCACAUUCCUGGACGUAAAGCAAGAACCGCUGAGCCGCCCCGCUUCCCCGGGUUCCUCUUCAGACGACGACGCUCGCUCCACCAUCUCAGUUGGAGACAAUGAAAAUCCGAUCAUCACAGACUUCUCAAAACAAGAGUGCAGGGUGCCCACACAGUCACAGAGCCUGCUCAAGCAGCCGCAGACCAUCUACCUUACCACCAGGAGCAACGUGUUUGGCCAGCAACAAGGCCGCGUCGUCAUUCCCAAACUCAAUAUUAAGGUUGAACCCGGCACAGCUGGCUUCCCGCUGCCCCCGACGCCACCAUCGUCGACCACAAGCGACAAUGAGGGCAACGUGUCCCCAAUGCAUGGCUCGCCUCCAUCUCCGCUGACCGCAGGCAGUCGCUCCAUCCAGGCUCGCCAGAGCAGCAACAGGUUGUACCUUUCCGGCAGCAGCAACAGCAGCAGCGCCGCCUCAAACAGCAGCCAGGCCCACUGCAGACAACCCAUCCAGACAUCUCUCAUCAGCACACAACCGAAGGGUAUGUCAGGGACCCUGUCGCUGACCGAGGAAGAGAAAAAGACCCUAGUGGCAGAGGGAUACCCUGUCCCCACCCGACUACCCCUUACCAAGGCUGAGGAGAAGUCACUCAAAAAGAUCAGGAGGAAAAUCAAGAACAAGAUCUCGGCUCAAGAGAGUCGGCGAAAGAAGAAGGAGUACAUGGACUCGCUAGAGAAAAAGGUGGAGCUGCUAGUGGCUGAGAACGCCGAUUACAAGAAGCGGAUCGAUUCCCUCGAGAGCACCAACAUCAGCCUGUCCUCUCAGCUGCAAAAACUGCAGCAGCUCAUCAACCAAAACAACGUGUCGGUCGGCUCUCGCAGUAGAGCAACGGCAUCGUCUGCUUCUCACCACUUCACGAGGAAUUCCGUAAAAUAAGUUGUGGCACCUGCGCACACCCACUAACCAUUCCAUCCACUGUAAGUCUUCAAGGUUUGGUCAUCAUUGUAAAUAUUUCAUCCACCAUCUCAUUACUAGUCUUCCGUCCUGUAUAAACCAUGAUAUAUGGGAACAAAUAAGGCAGAUUCUGAGCCAACAAGGACCGGCCAAAAUCGUGUCCAGUCUACCCACUCUAAACAUUCCAAGAAUUUUACGGUGAAAUUCAUAGACAUUCUGCAAAAGUGGCAUGGAAUUAUUUGAGCAAUGGGCAAAACCUGCGAUUAACCAAGUGCAAUCAAUUAUACUUGUGGUACAUCAUCAAGAUUUUUUAAUUCUUUGUUUGAGCACGCAAUUAAGAAGUGUUAAGUUUAAUGAUUUACUGCAACGCCUGUGUGUGCACGGGACAUGAUGCUUUCUACUAUUUAAUUCCUUGUUUGUAUCUUAAUUUUAAACCCUAAGACUAGCUCAUUUAAAUAUUACGUUUUGCCGAUUUUUAAAUAUUGUUACUCGACCGUAACUUGAUAAUUGUCGAAACUGCAUCAGUUUUGCUUAUAUAUUUUUAAUGUUGUAAUUCAUUUAAAAAAAAAUCAUCCACGACACUGUUCACUUAAUAUAUUUUCAUAGAGGCGUUUGAUAUAUAUUCAUACACAGGUUUUUUUACAAUUAUUGUGUAAUUAUAAAUAAUGUCUAGUCUUGCUUUUUGUGCACACAAUCGCAAUGGUGGAUGAAAUGAAGAUUAGACAAACAAGUUUCAUUCUGACUCAAAGAAAAGAGCAGUGUCGCAUCAAAAGAGGAGACAAUGAUGGGAAAAGUGAUGAUUCCUACAGAAUAUUGCCUUAAUAUUACCAAGACACAAAUGAGACAAGAAACACGUGUACAUAUUUAUAUGGUAGUGUGUAUCAUAUUACAACAAGAUGAUGAGAAUCAAGAGAUAUGCGUUGAUUUUAAAAAUCACUACAAACAAUGCUAUAACCGCAAGUAAAUGCAAACUAUAUAUUCAUGUUAAAUUAUUAUUAUACUGAGGAGGCAGAGCGAGCGCUGGCUGAUUGAACCGCGAUCAAAAUUCCUACCGAAAUUCCAUUUUCCGUGAGAAUUUUGCACAACUAACACGACCGUCUCGACUUUUCAUUUCUCCCUCGCCAUGGGCUGAACUCAUCUUCCCCAUCCACGACCGUGCCUUUUUUCGCCGCAUACUUUUCCGCCCCCGACAAAGCAGAAGCAAAGAUUGAUCAGCCAAUGCGUUCCUGUCCGCUGGCAAAUGUUAAUGGUUGGUGGCUGGGUUGAGACUUAAACACACACACACACACCCAUAUUAAAAGAGCAACAUCGAGUCAAAACUCGUGUCUCUUUAUCGCAUUCAUUAUCCAUACACAUACACUACAUUAAAGUACUAAACAUCUACUCUUACAUAUAUGCAUUGCUUUAAUUUAAGAACUGAGGAUGUGUACAUCAAACAGAAACCACGCAGAUUACUUAAUGAAAGAUUUGAAGACAAAAAUGCGAGAGAGACUAACAAACGGACGCGCGUGCGCGCGACAGGCUCGACAGCUACUCGCCACAAUAUAUUUUUAAUAAGCCUAUAUACAUAAAAUAUAUCAACAUAAUUACACAUACAUUACUAACUAAUCAUAUUAUACAUCAUAAAUUGAUAAUUGUAGCAGUGUAGGGAUUAGUCGGUGCUAAAAUGACUGAAACUGACACAACAAUUAUUAUGAUGACUAUGAAGCUGUCCCUCCCGCGACGGGGGUUGGUCGAAAUCUGACUUGCGAAAAACCAGCUUACGGAGGAAAUCAAUUUGCUAAAACUUACUGUUGUAUACUGUUGACGAAAAACCGAUUGUCAAUUAAAUCUAUCGAACAGCUUAACAGACUCGUCUGUAUUGGACGCAGCUGAUAUUUUUUGGUUUUGUAUAAUCAAUCAAUGACGAAUCGAAUCAGUGUCUAGAAAAUUAUACAAAAAUAGCCAAUCGUUAGUGAUUCUGUGAGACGUCAUGCGAUUUUUGUCCGGCCUAAGAGCAAAAUAAAUUAUUUUAAAAUGCAGGAGCUAAUGAAAUAUCGUUGUUUAAAAUCAUACAUAUUGCUUUUUUUAAUUAAGCACGUUUUCACUUUUCUGUUGCGCUUUCAUUUUUCCAAGUUCAUUCCGGAUUAAGGCAUUUUGAUUUUUAUAUGCUUAAGUUUUGUCGUGUUUUAACUUUUACCCCGAUUUCACCAAAUUUUGAUUUCACCAUUGUGUUGCUCAAAGCAUUAUUACACUGUCUUGUUAAUUUUUUGAUCCGGCGUCAUAAUAAUAAAAGAAAUCGGCCUGUCUAGUUUGUGUUCGCGUGUGAGUGUCAAUCGUAUUGGAAACACACAAUUCUUUAUGAUUAUAUUUUCAUAACCAUCACCUAAGCUACAAGAAUCAAAUUGUAGUUCCCGCAAUUUCGGUCCAGAUGAUGAACGAAUAAAGUUUCCACAAAACGUCCUAUUUGUUUUACAGCAAAAAUACCUGUCCUCAAUUGAAGUUGUAGGAUGAGGUAGGAUAAGAUGAUUUAACCACCCGUUUCAGAGAUAAUGCAUUUUACUCAGCGUCCAUUAAUAUAUCUGUGUCGCACAGACAGAGAUAUAUGUUCAGUGUAUGUGCUAUUCGUACUGCUGUCACAAUAUUGUAAAACAAGGACCCGUUCGUUCAAUUUGUAUCUCGUGCUGGUAUGUUGUUGCAAUCAAUGAUUGAAUAAAAGGGUACAAGAAGUAAAAAAUAAA